AAAUGCGAGACAGUCAUAGUACUUGUGUUCCUCCUGUGGUCACUGCUGUAGUGAAGCCAGGGAACACACAGCAGCGACGACAACACAGCACGCAGGGUGUUUUGGUUUCUGGUGGUGCUACGCAAGGCCUCGAGAGGGACCUUUCCGCUGCAGCCUUGAAAAUUUCACAGCAGCCAUUCCUCCUCCUACACAGAGAAGAGCAAGCAGCAUUUCUCCACCUCCUAGAGGAUGGCUUGAUACAAGACUUCCUAUCAAUGGACACGUGUUACAGAAUCUCAGAUAAGUAUCUUAUAGCCAUGACUAUGAUGUACUUUAAACGUGCCGGCCUACAUACGAGAGAAUACACGCGGAUCAAUCUCUUCAUAGCUCUGUACUUAGCAAAUGACAUGGAAGAAGACACAGAAGACUAUAAAUACGAAAUCUUCCCCUGGGCGCUUGGUGACAACUGGAGGAAGCUAUUUCCACAAUUCUUAAAAAUGCGAGAUGACUUUUGGGCUAAAAUGAAGUACCGAGCGUUCGUUAGCCGGCGGUGUUGUGAUGAGAUAAUGCUGAGAGAGCCCUCUCACUGGGCCUGGUCCCGUGAACGAGCAAUUCACCACAGUGGGGCGCUGAGGAGUUACCUGAAGAAUGAAGAUGACUUGUUCCCUAGGGGGCCUGGUGUUACGCCCCCCGUGUGCCUUCUCUGUGUUUUUGAUAUGGAAGAAGACGAGGCUCAGAUCACUCCCCCUGCCAGUGAUCUGUUACCCUCUGAAGCGCUGAACCAAGAUUUGGAAAGCUGUCCUUUGCUAAUGCUGGAUUCAGAGACUCAUUACGGCAUGAUGCAAAUCUUGCAGGAACCUGCCAUGGAGACAGAUGGAACAGAAAAAGAUUGGCAGUUCUUGGGAUAGUGUCUGAUGGCUGAAGAUCUCCUCGCACACUAUAUUUUCCCCGUUGGAGUAGUAUCAAUGGAUGUCCUUACUCUUCCAUCUGCAUCUGCGGCAAUCUAUUUAUAAGCACUUUAUCUUCCUGUUCGUAGAGAGGACACACAGCGACGCUUGUAUAUAUUCAAAAAAAAAAAAAAAAAAGCUAUUAAGUGUGACUUGUACAAUGCCAGAUGUGCCAGUUGGACAGACUCUUAAUAAAGAUGUCUAGGAGAACAGGCUACAGGCAUAUAUUUUCAAACUUUUUAAGACAUUUUACUCUGGUUUGUUCAUCGCACAUUUAUUUAUAGGUUACAACAUUUUUAAACUGCUUUUUAGUCCAAAGGCAUGUGGAAUGAUUUGCAGGCUACUUAAAAAAAAACGGCACUCCCUGUCCUCAGGUUUGUCAGACACAAUGGCAAAGAGGGAGGAAGAGAAAAUUUCGACAACUACUAGUUCACUAAUGAUGCAGUUCUUGUGGUUGCCAUCUAUGAUGGAAAUUUUUGGACAGCCGGAUGGGAUGGGAAGGGAGAAGAAGGGGUAGGGUUCAAAGCCAUUUUUUUUCCUGUUAACUGUAUUCUAAUGCAAUUGCUAUUUAUUGGAUUUCUAACUCACUUUUGUAUCUCAUUUGGCCCUUAAGCUGGCUAACAAAAUAUUAGAAACAUAAAUAAAGGCAUCAAUAAAAAUGAAGAGGUAAUUAGCACCUUCCAGUUAAAUAUGUUAAUAUAUUGACAAGUUGACCUGAAGUCUGAAUGAA